AUGCAAACCGCCGUGAAAAGGGGGGAUUUCGUAGGGUGUGUGCGCUGCCCUGUGACUGUGCGUUACAGAACAAGAAAUGGAACUUUUCAUUCAUCAAUCUGUAUCGAAUGGUAGCAAAGAAAACAAAGGGAAAGGCACACUGGAUACUGUGGUGUGAUCACAAAAGGUCAAACCAUCGCUUCGAGCCCCUCCAGAACAACUUUUUUUACGUUUCGUCUAACCAUUCACGAGACAGGGUUGGCAGAUCCGGUGCGUCCGGGAUGAACCACAGCUAAACGUUUUAUCUUCCUACCUACACUAACGCUCGGAAACUUUCCACCUUCACACCCCCGGCAAACCCCGCACGACACGAAUAGACCACCGUUUGUUUAGGGGUCGGUAAGCUGGUCAAGCGGAAGAAGAGCUUGGCCACAACCGCGGCCAUUCUGCGGCCAAGAAUCAAGUUAAUCGGCUCCGGAACUCCGUUUUGUUGUAACAAAACAUUCGUGCGUUUCGACCAAAAUGACAGCGCGCGUGCGUGCGUCCGUGUGUGCGUGUGCUCGAUUGUCGGUCUGCCGUGUUUUGGGUCCCAGGUAGAGCGCCAUCUGCUUUUACGGUCUGCUCCGCACACGGGCCUCUUCCACAGGGACUACUUUAAUUACAAUCGAUUGGGAUCUUCCUCUUGGGUGGUGACGCUAUCGAGACGGCUGUGCCCUGUGCUCUAUUCCUUCUCACGGUUGUUGCUGCUGGUUGGUGUCUCUGUGUGUUCGUGGUGGGCAGCUGUUUCCCGGAGUACCGGGGAAGUUCACAGCAUAGGAAUAUAAUGACUUGCUGACGGAGCAUCGAAAAGACUGUUGUCCAAAUUGGCCUCGCAACUGAUGACUAUUCCUGAUUCCUUUCUUUGGGCCGGUUGUACGAGUUUGUUCCUGCUUAAAUGCAAACCAAGUUGAAGAACAUGCAUUUUUGAUUCGUACACCCCAUUGCAACCCCACUCGGUUCCUAAAAACAGUGGCGCAAGGCCGCGACCGCGACCAAAGUUUAAAGAGAAGAUGAAAAUUGGGCUCGGACUGGAACAGAUCCGAGCACGAAAACGCACGGACUGGACAGCUGUCCCCUCGAUAAGCGGGGUAGCGGAACAAUCCGUCACUAGUGAUCAUCAUACCUCCUUGAACGAUCAUCCUUCGGAAUCCGGAGAUCUGCGUUCGGGACAGAACGCCUCGGUGCUGUUACGACAUCGCCGUUUAAUGUAUAAACGGCCAGGUGGUUUCACCUCGGGCAGUACCAAGUUGUUGAACACGAUUAGGCGCAGGAAGCAUCUCCUGCUAAGGGGGCGUACAAGCGGAAAUCUGUCCACACAGAGCGUCGGCCACCACCAUCGUCGUACCGUGCGUACUGUGUCGGAUUAUUUUCCGAAGCGCCUGUUCAAGGGAACGAAGUUAUCCGGAACCAAAAAGUGUUUGUCGAAGCAUUCGAUUGAGAAGCAAAUUUGUGCGCAAAACGUGGAACUGGUGGGAACUGCGGUUCCGGUGAGUGUCGAGGUCAGUGAAGAACCAGAAACAGUACCAGUCGAAACUAGUGAUCAGUCAGCGAGCGCGGAAGAAAGUGUAUCAUCGGAAGUUCGAGGGGGAGAAGAGGAAGAAAAGAAGCAGGAAGCGAUAAAGCGAGAAACGUUACUCGGUGAAUUGAAGAAGGACCUCAAAGAGUAUUGUUCCGUGCGUUGGACGUUUCGACUUGUGCUUUCGAUGUUGCAAGAACGAUUGGAAGAGCUAGAACGUAGUGUCGAUGAAACGAAUGAUGGCACGGAUGUGGAUCAAUCCAAUUCGCAGGACAGUGGUGCGGAGGCGAUCAAUCAACCAGCAUCGUCAUCAGCAGCACCUGCCUCGUUCGCCGAUGCCACCAUUACCGAUAAUGGAGAUCUCGAUGUAACUUCAAACCAAAAAGAAACAGAGGAAGAACAUGUAAAACGCGAAGCACCUGAAUCACCGCCCUCCCCUGGAGAGGCGUUAGACGGCCUCCAAAGUCGUUCCUCGCCAGUGGCCACGGUCGACAGUGAGGCUGCUGUCGCGCAACAGAAGAAGAAAUCGGGAUAUACCCCGCUAAAGACCUCCAAAUCCGAAAUCCUCGAUCCGACGUACACCUGUGAAAUCAAGCUGGAACCGCUUGAGGAACGCAAAGCAUCAUUCGUCGAUUCGUUGCUUGACAAGUUCAAUCUUCCACCGCCAACUAUGCCGCUCACGAAUGGCUUAGGUGGAGAUGGAGGAGAUGACGGUACGGGCGAGCAAUCGCAGCAAUCGCGGCGUUGUUUGCGCGAUCGCACCAAGAUUGCCGCUCGGCCACGGUACAUUGAAAUACCGGAGGAACCGCGGCGCGUACGCGUUUCCAAGGUGUUCGGUAAGCUGCACAAAAGUCUCAAUCUGGAUCUAGAUAGUACCAACUCAAACUCAUCGACCGAGUUCUAUGGGUUCGAUGAGGGUGAGGUGGUGAAACUGGACAAACCGAGCCUACCAGGUUUGCUGCCUACGCCGAUUGUGAAGAAAUCUCAACCCUACGCACCGUUUCUUGCCUACGGUACGUGCAUCAGCGAUAAGGAGGAGGAUAGCCGUGGUGCCUCGCCAAGUUCCACCGCAACCAUUCGCAGUGAUUUGCUGCGUGAAAACGGGCUCCUAUCUUAUGGAUCGCACCCACCGCGGUUGCAGUGUCCACUCCGGCCGAGUGACAUGAUUCGACCGCGUACCGUCGCCCAGAAGCGCAUUCUUCUGGAACAUCUAAACGAUGUGCGGUAUCCGAUGAUCGACAACGAGUCCAAGAUUUACCGGUUUCUAAUGAUGAAAACGAAAAACCAGGAUGAGCAGCUAGACUUUGAGCGGAUGAAAGAGCUGCAAGACCAACAGAUACCGUUCACGCGCGGCACAUGGCGCGCACUGUCCUGGUUACGCACCGAGAAGGAUCGCAACAAUCUUCAGGCCGUUUGCAUCGAUGGCCGCUGGACCAAUCUGACAGGAUGUCGGGGCAAUCACUCGAACAAGCUGCUAAUACGUAAGAAAAUGUACUCCGGCGUCGUACAAUCAUCGGCCGGCCGAAGAAUACAUUACAUCAACAAUUGCCACUGUCCGGCGCAGUUUCCCCCGGGAGUCUCCAUCGAUCUGUCGCUAAUUGAGCCGCCGAAAAAACCCGCUAUCCUUUGCGCCUCCAAGAAGGAAGAAGUAGAUGAUGACGAGCGAAAGUUAUCCAUCGGACGACCGAAGCUGCUACCGGAUCGUUCUAAGGAAUAUCAGCAUUAUCGAUCGUUCCCGGACACUAAACCGGGGCCGCUGUCGUCGAAACGCUUGCCACCGUCGGCGUUCGAGCAGGAUCCGUAUCUGGGGCCGCUGGAGAUCUUUGAAAUGCCAACGGUCGAACUGGAGGUGUUCCCGAAGAUCGAUCGUCCGCUCGACGGACUCGUUAAACCCUACUUGAAGAUGAUACUGCCGUACAGCGGCAUCACGGAGAACUGGGCUCGUUUUGCCGUAUCUACGCUCCGAUCGACGCGCAGUGGCGACGUGCUGCCAGGCGAGGACGGUGAGCGAUCGUUCAUCUUUCAGGUACCGUACGCCAACGACGAACGGCGUUUGCUUAUCCGUCGGAGGCUGAUCACGCGCCCGGGUGAGGCCACCGUUUUGCGUACCAGUGGCCGUGGUGGAUUUGGUGCCACCGAUUUGGAACAAUUCGAACAUCAGCUUGAACAGCGGCUAACUUUCCGUGAAGCGAUCGAUCGUGCGCUCGAAAAGGGAGACCCCGCAACGGCGACACCGGUUGAUGAGGACGAACAAAUCUGUGCCGAUGUGCUCAGUGAGCUGACGAAUUCGGUGGCAAUAACAAUCGCCGAAGAGCUAUUUGCAACCGAUGAUCCAGAUUUAGAUUAUAGGGAGGAGGAGCCCGAGCAAAAGCCUUUGCUAUCAGAACAGAAAAAAGACAGUGCUACUACCGUCGGCGAUGAUAAAAAAGCGGCAAGCAAUUCAAAGGGUACGCAACCGCCAAACAAAGCAGCCACAGAUUCCGCUCCCACCGGCAAUGCGGCUCCAGAAUGUAGCAAACCUGCGGCAAAAUCGAAGCUGCUCCGCGAAAUGAAACGUCUCAAUGCGACCAUCAUUGAAAGUCCUAGCCAGCCGACCCUCGGUGGAACCGGUGGUCGUGAUUCCUCGGUGACGGAUCCAUCAGCGAAGUCCGUCCAUCGGCCAUGUGAUCCGCUGUAUUGUGCCAAGGGAUGUAUCUGUGAUGUGCUGGGAUGGUCAAUGUCGGCCCAAGCCACCAUCAGCGAAUCACGCACCAGCCACUGUCAACGCAUCGAUUGCGUUCUGGGAUGUGUUUGUGGUUACGAGCAGAAACAGGUCAAUCACACGCACGAAGUGAAGAUGAAAAGCAACAGCGCCGGAGGAGGGCUGAUUAGCGAACGGUCCUCACUGACGAGUGCCGACGUAAAGUAUCUGCGGGAGAAGGCAACGGCUCGGCUAGCAAAGGAAGAACGCGAAUUUACGCCGACCGUCAUCCUAACCGACAAUGCGACGGUGCUAGUGCGCAACACCGAAUCAGAGACGCGGCGACAGAAGAAGAAACCGAAAAAGUAUGACGAUUACUAUAAUGAAAACAGCAUGCAGAAACUGCUAAGUGGUCGGUUUGGGUUUGAGGACUAUGUACCAGCUACACCGCCACACCUACCAUCGGAGGAGAUGGCACUGCAGGUCAAACCGUUGCCGCUCGCCGACCGGAUGCGCCAUGCGCACGUACUUCUGUACAAUCUGAGCGCGCUCACCGUUCUCGAACCGUGGUGUAUGGUGCAUCAGCUGUACCGCUGCUACUGCGGUGGUACCGCAACGCAGGGUAAACCAUUCAGCUUUCUCGAGGAAAACUGUGUCGACCAAACGUCGUGGGAAUCGUCGCCGUCGACAACGACGUCGACGACAAAUAGCCCGUGUAGUAGUGGUAAUAAUAACAACAACAACAACACUUUGAGCAGUUCCAGAAUGGGCAAAAUGAUGAUAACGAACGGCAGUAGUGUUCUGUUGCCGGAACCCAAGAAAGCAGCAGACAACGGAAAUGCCGCAUUGCCUUACCUUGCACCGUUCCCCCGUAAGCGUUUGUAUUCGUUUGAAAAGAUUACUUCCGAAGCUGCACGUCCCGGACGUCCGGGGCGCCCCCCUCACACUUCGACGUGCUCAUCCGGUGGUAGUUCUGCCAGGAAGCGCGACAGCUCGGAAGAAUCCUACAAACCGCCGAACGAGCGAAGAGUGAAGCGUAAGCAGAAAGCAAACCAAACGACCAACACCACCGCCCCUAGCUGCCCUUCGGCCGCUAAUGGUGUUGAACUUGAGAGUGGUCCACGCCGUAAAGGAAUCAUGCGACGCCGUUUCUCGACCGGUGAUUGGGUAAGGCCACGGCAACUUCGGAAACUGAUGGAAGAGCAGCAGCAUGCUGCCGAUGCGCAAUACAAAAUUGUUGCCCGUCCGGCGCCGAAAGCCGGUAUUUCGAAUAUUGUACUGAAGCGCAUUCCGCACAAGGAGUCACCACCGAAGUUGACCGCAUCUCCUCCGAAGCGAUUAACUAACGGCACCACCAAUCACCGUGACGAUAACGAGUUGGAGAGAACCCCCCUUAAAACUUCUCCGACGGUCUCGCAAACAGCUCAAAUCGUGCUGAGUGAUUCCUCGGAAGAUGAGCAUCUACCGGUGGUGGACGGACGCCGCAAACAGAAGUUCACUUCCACAAAGACUCAUGUUGUCCGCCCGUCCGCGGUACCGACCAACGGCAGCAACAGUGUGAUGACUGAGGCUACCAGUGUUACUAACAGUACUGUUGCUUCUUCAACUGAUACUACUACUUCUAAAAGUGCAGCUACCAAUAGUACUACGAAUAUUACUAAUAGUAACUCAACUAAUAGUGUUACCACCGAGCUCGCCCCAACUUUAGUGGUUACGCAGCGUCAGCUACGCGAACUCAUCGAACGAGAGAAAGUCAACCCAUCACCGGUCCGCGCAGGACAGCGCCGGUUGCAGAACGUGCAUUUGGUGGACCCGACCAAUGGUUAUGAUGUACUAUGUACACCGACCAUGCGACUGGUGAUUUGCGGCAAGAAAAAGGCAUUCGUCGAUGUUCGCAUGCUGCGUCGCCCAGGCGUGUUGGACAGUUUGGUCUCACACUCCAAUGCCAUGGUGUACAUCGUGAAGAUACCCAUCAACACCACCAACACCAUUCCCAGUGCGACUCUCGGGGACGUAACGAUGACGCCCGGCUGCACUGUGCCACCGGUUACCAAUGCCACUCAAGGUCCCCCAACGAUGAUGCCACCGACCACAGUGAGGCGUAUUCUCGACCGUCGUCAUUCCGUUGCCCACGUACGAACGCCCAGUGCACCUUUUCAGCAACAGCAGCAGCAGCAGUUCCAUUCGUCGGCAUUCAGGGCGCCACACGCUAGGCGACAUGAAGUCGAUGAUGAUCGUGAUGAGAACUCGGUUGAAGGAAUAGCACCACCCGAUCAGGACCAGCUCUUCUCGUUGAUGCGCCACGUCUCAACUUUGCUGUCGCGCGACACGCCCUGUCUCAGCCAGGUGAAGGCAGGCAUCCUGCACAUCUGCCGCUGGACGGCACUGGUAACCGCGUUCGCCAUUGGUCAGGCCGACAUAAUUGAUGUGACGUACCAGAACGGCAACAAGCAGACGCUGAUCUGGAUUAACCGGCGGCCCAAUACACCGCUGCUGCUGCGCAACUACAAGUCGUACACUAGCGCACGUCAGCUGUGGCGACGGUACGGUCAGCGUGCGAUGCAGAAAGAUCACGCGACCUUGCAAGCAUCACUACUGUAUCGCAUGAUAAUCUCCGGCAUUGAUAAUCCGCUCAGCAAUCGGCAUCUAGGGCUCGUCCUGUACGGUGGUUUGCACUACUGGCUCUUCUGUGGGUUCAUCAAAACACCGAAAGAUCAAAAAUCUCUGCCCUUGGCUGAAAUGAAGGCAGCACUUCCGAUCAGGGAGCUAUCCGCGUUCGGUCUGUUAAAGAGUUUCUCCGAUAAGGGAAGUUACAGUUCUGCUGAUGUGCAUUACAGGCGUCCCCUCGAGGAAUCACAGAUUGAUCCGGAAAUCAAUCCGGUUCGUCGAUCCGUUCCUUCAUCGACCACCGGUGGGAUGCCUGCUAUUCGUGUCAUUCCCACCAGCAGUUUGCUCGAGAAAAGCACCCCAACGGGGUCGUCAAAUCCCUCGGAUACUAAGCAGAGUACCACCGGCAGUGCAAAAUCAAUAGGUCGCCCUUCAAACAUUCACAUCGCUCCCGCUUGCCCGAGUACUGAUAGUACGGAUAGACAAGACCGGAGUAGACAUUGCCGCUGGAUCAAGCUCUACAUAGUGGAUGAUUUCACCGACAUGUACAUCCCAUCGUGGAGGUAUUGCAUCCAGCAUAGCCAGCUGAUGAAGGCGAUCCAGCAUGCUAAUCGGCACCGGGCUGUGCGCUGUCUGGAGUUUACGCUAUCGCCGAAUAAUCGAUCCACGAAACGAUCUCGAAUACUGCCGCGUAUCUAUGCCGCACCCUAUCAAGACAACAGCAUCUACGUGGGACCGUUCCCGAUAACUCAAACGCAGACCGAUAUCAUGCUGUGCGUUGCCAGUGAUGGAUUGCUGUAUACGCGGGAAGAACACGAACGGCGGCACGGUAUUGCAGUUGACAGCGGUGCGAAACGAACCAAAGGACUCUGGAUUGAGAUGGCACCGGAGGCAAUGGAGCUGCUGCAGCGCCAGCUCGAUCGUACGAGGGUAAAGCGGAACGCAGAGGGUGUGCCUAGAGCGAAAGCAUCAACUUGCUUUAUCUCUCCCGCUACUACCGUUACGUUGAACAGUAAACCUCCCACAAUCAUCGACACACCCGCAGGCACGGUUAACCCAGUACGACUUGAACCGAAAGGUGUUACGGAUAGAAAUGCGACUACAGCGGCGUCUGCAAUCGCGGCAACGGACCAGCGAUCUCUAUUGAAACGUAACCAGCCGCCCGUUCCCUCCGGUAUCGCCACAUCGAAACCAGCAGUGCCUGGUGCGGUGGCUGAAGGUAAGCCAACGAUCACUCGGACGCCUUUGCAUGCUAAUGUCCGGCGCAUAGCGAUACCCUCGACGGAUCUGGAUCGUUUUACUGUAGGACCGAAGAAAUCGCGAGGUGACGACGAUGACGACAACGAUGAUGAUGAUGAUGAUGAGAUAGAAAAGGAUGGGGACGAUUAUGAAAAGAGGAAAGAAAGUGAUAUAGACGCGCAGUUCUCAUCCUCCUGCGCUAGAUCCGUUCCAUUUUCGGCGAAGAAAGCGGAAGCCUGUGCUGAUCCGGUUAAUGAUUUCGUGGCUGAGCCUGCAAAAAAAGAUGACACCGAUCGGUUGGCGCAGUUACUCGAGCAAACGAUGCAGUACACAGAACAGGAACAACGCAAGGUGGAGCAUUUGAUCAAGUCCAGCCGGCCCAUACCGGAGGAUAAGGUAAGUGUUGCAACAGAAAUAUCAGCAACACCAACAACAACAGCAGCAUUAGCCAAGGGUGGUGAACAAGAUCGAACGAUCGUCGUCCCCAUAACAAUGAACCGGAAGCGUAAAUCGGUGGACGUGAUCAACGGCGAUAGUGCUGGUGGUGAUGGUGAGGGAAAGCAGCAGCAACAGCAACAGCAACCACGGCCCGUUGUACCCGUUCAAGCGAAAUUCAUUCGUAUCGCUGAUUCGACACGCAUCACGACGAAGGAGCUUCGUGGUCCGAUUUCGAUUGUCUCAGCUGCACCUACUGCAGGACCUGCCAAAACCAUCACUUUCAGCCUGCAAAAAAAUGGUCUAUCAAGAAUGUCGAUAGGAUCGGCCACCCCUGCCGGUCCUAUCGCGACACCCGCCGUUGUCCGGUUGCAAAGGAAUGCCCUUUCGAGAGUAUCCUUGCCGCUGCCCAGCGAACCAUCAACGAGUGGUGCAGCGUGUUCUGUGCAGGCGGUUGCGAAAUCGACCACACAACCACAAACGCCUCCGACUACGACCACGCAACUGGGGUCCAAACCCGGCUCGGGUUCGGAGGUGCAAAUUCUACGAAAGAUACCAAUGGUUCGGCGUAACUCGGUGCUCACCUUGCACGAUAUUAAGCAGUACACCGGAAAGUAUAAAAUUAUCAUCCCCCCCAAACCGACUGCUGACGGUGACCCUACUGCUGCUUCCAAACCCAAUCCAAAUGGAAUCACUGGGAAGUUUCGGUUCAAGCCGACCGGAAGCAGUCCAAAGAAAAGAAAGUUACCCGCUGAAGGCACCGUCACGCUACCAGCAGCUUCUACAGCAGGUGGUCUGGAGGCAAAGAGUGUUGAUGCAAAACUGAGUGAUAGCCUGCCAACUGGCACACCUGUAAGCAGCGGGCAAAACCAGCAUCAGAGAGUGAAGAAAAAAGGAAAUUCAACGGCCCCUACUCAGCGUACAGUGGAUCCAUCGUCACUCUCAAAGCCGUCAACAUCCAAAAUAGUAUCGGAAACGGCGAAGCGGAAUAGAAAACGUACUGCGAGUAAUGCAACUUCAACAGCUACCGAGGAUGGGGCACCCGGGGCCUCCAGUUCGUCCAGUGCAGUAAAGCGGACCAAGCCAAGAGUGGGAGAUGGAAUGUCCAACAGUAUCGCACUGUCGAGUAUACAACCGGAGAUGGAGGCAUCACUGCUAAACAAGUCGCAUAAGGAGGGCAUCCUUGUGUCUAAUGUACCCAAUCUAGGUAUAGUAGAGGUAAUUCGACUGCAAAUCGUGGGACAAUUCAUCCUACGACUGCCCGAGAUCACCUCUCAGAAGCGGUCCGUUAUCGUACCUAGUUUGGAGUCUGCUGCCAACGUACUGAAUGAGUUCAUUCAACUGAACACCUAUGCUUUCCUGCCGAGCGACCUGAAGAUCGAUUGGACGUUCCAAGAACAGACGCAGCCCCUGUCCGAUUCGAAAAAGUUACGCAGCAUCAUUAACCAGCGAUGUAUUAUAACCAAAUAUGGCAUCGUGGACUUUUCGACCAAGGGAAAACUCGAAGAAUUUGAACGUGCCAUAACACCGAGGGAUCCGGAUUUGGUGCAUCAGGUGCUGGUGCUGCGGCUGGCCAUGCUCUGCUAUCCGAAGACGACGUACGAAAAGCACAAGACCAGCUGCAGCGAUGAGCAGAUCGUCACAAGGGCAACGGAAAUCAUCGCCACGUUGACACAAUCCACCAAAGCCAAGAUGCAGGAAAAGGCGUUCUACAAGAAACUGGUGGAAGAAAAUAAGCUAAAGCUGGCACAGUUAUCGAAACAAAACCCAAACGCGGUAAAGCAACUCAACAGCGAAUUGAUUUCGGUGGUCGUCAUCGAUGAUGAGGAUGAUGUUAAUGGUGAUGAUUAGAGUGUGGCCAUUAUAUUAGCUUGCCGACUCACAACCCAGUGCAGCACUGGAAGACGCUUUGAGGCAAAGUAUUGUACAAUCCUGCGGAAAGUGAUGCGUGAAAAGUGAAAGAAGCAUUGUUGAGAUUUUGCUGUAAAUGACAAAAGAAAUAAUACGAAAGCAAAUAAUCCAAAGGAAUUUUGGUUACGCUCGUCGCUGUACUAACCUAUCCGCGAUUGAUGGCUUUACCUGAUUAUGAAAGAAUAUUGUAUAGACCGUUUGGUUUAACAAGCCACCCCAUCGUCUGUAAUGCCCGACUC